CGCCAUCUUGUUGUUGAUCGGAGCGGCGGGGAGCGGCGGCGCUGGGCUCCGCUGGGCUGUCCCGCUGUCCCGGCCGGGCGGGCAGCGCCGGCCCCGGAGCUGCGCGCAGGAAGGAGCUCGGGGACCGCGGCGGUAACAUGAAGCCAACAUGGUUCACCUGGCUUAACUUGGUGUUCAGAGCUUCCAAAGCUGGAUUCCACAGUUGGCCUUUGCUAAUGAAGCGCUGAAUGGUGCUGGAACAGUGUGGGCUUGAGCUGACCUGCUUCUGGGGUCCUGCUCCCUCUUGAUUGUGAGAGGUUGGGUCCAUAUUCCAGUGACUGCUCAGCCGAAAGAGCUUGGGUGACAUCUCCAAGAUCACUGCAAGGGAUCAGACUGCCAGGAUUCCCCCCCUGUGGCUGCCUGACUGCUGCUGAGCUACCCCUCCCAGCCCAUGUGGCUCUCCCCAUGCUCCAGGAGUGCAACUGGUGCUCAACGCAAUGUGUGUUUGUCAAACCAUGGAAGUGGGCAAGUAUGGCAAGAAUGCCACUCGCUCUGGAGACCGGGGGGUCCUGCUGGAGCCUUUCAUCCACCAGGUGGGCGGCCACAGCAGCAUGAUGCGCUACGACGACCACACCGUCUGCAAGCCCCUCAUCACCAGAGAGCAGCGCUUCUACGAGUCUCUGCCCCCGGAAAUGAAGGAGUUCACACCCGAGUACAAAGGUGUGGUUUCUGUCUGUUUUGAGGGAGACAGCGAUGGCUACAUUAACCUGGUGGCCUAUCCCUACGUGGAGAACGAGGCUCUGGAGCAGGAUGAUAUGCCAGAGAGGGACCAGCCCCGGCGCAAGCACUCGCGCCGGAGCCUUCACAGGUCAAGCAGCGGCACCGAGCACAAGGAGGAGAAGCCUGGCCUGGCCAGUGACAGCACUGAAAGCAGCAUCCAGGAAUCGAAGAGUCCCAGGGUGGACUUGCACAUCCACUCAGAUGUUCCAUUUCAGAUGUUGGAUGGGAACAGUGGUCUGAGCUCUGAGAAGAUCAGCUAUAACCCCUGGAGCCUGCGCUGCCACAAGCAGCAGCUGAGCCGCAUGAGGUCAGAGUCCAAGGACCGAAAGCUGUACAAGUUCCUCUUGCUGGAGAAUGUGGUGCAUCACUUCAAGCUUCCCUGCGUGCUUGAUCUGAAGAUGGGGACCAGGCAGCACGGAGACGAUGCGUCUGAGGAGAAGGCUGCUCGGCAGAUGAAGAAAUGCGAACAGAGCACUUCUGCCACCUUGGGCGUGCGUGUGUGUGGGAUGCAGGUCUACCAGCUGGACACAGGGCAUUACUUAUGCAGGAAUAAAUACUAUGGACGCGGCCUUUCCAUCGAAGGCUUCCGCAACGCCCUCUACCAGUAUCUCCACAACGGCAUCGAGCUGCGCAAGGACCUCUUUGAGCCUGUCCUUGCCAAGCUGCGGAGCCUGAAGGCGGUUUUGGAGAGACAGGCCUCCUACCGCUUCUACUCCAGCUCCCUCCUCAUCAUUUACGACGGGAAGGACAGCCGGGCGGGGAUGUUCGUGGAGCGCCGGCCGGAGACGCGCCUGAAGCGGGUGGACGGCCCUGUGCCCGAGAGCCUCCAGGACGGCGGCGGCACCGAGCCCGGCUCCUCGGCACAACCCAAGGUGGACGUGCGGAUGAUUGACUUUGCACACAGCACCUUCAAAGGCUUUCGCGACGACCCCACUGUGCACGACGGACCCGACAUGGGCUACGUGUUCGGGCUGGAAAGCCUCAUCAACAUCAUGGAACAGAUGCGCAAGGAAAACCAGUAGCCCUGGGCUACGGCCUCUUAUUCUUGUCCCGGUGGCCCGAGCAGACAAGACCACCUCCUACCACGGGAAAAACGCAACUUUGGUUUUAAACAA